CAUUCGCAAGUUUAUCAACCCCUUUGUGCAAAUGGUCUUUCGGUCAACAAAAGUGUAAUCGUUGAAUCCACAGAUCUACACCGCUGUUACUUUUACGCUUUUUACCCCCUGUGGAGUCAUCGGGCUCAAACUUGUUUUCCCAUUGAUCUUAAUGAAAAUAUUAGCAUUUGGGAAGUGACGCCUGCUAUAUCCAAGUGA